AUGGCGAAGAAUAGUGGAAAAACAACAGAAUCGUCGACGGCAACCGCCGAUUGCGUCUUGAGGUGUCCCAGUUUCUUCAAUGUCGUUCGCAUGAACGACAUGUUGCGUCCGGAGGUGGUCAGUGGCAUAAAUGCCUAUAUCAGCAAAGACGUGAGCGAAUUAUUGGGCGCCAAUUGUGAAACAUUUGGAUUAAGCAGUAGAUUGACCGUUGGGUCGCUGUUCCCGUCUGGCUUCCGAUUCGGCGCUUCCUACACAGGAUGCACCACUACUGCGUUCGGCCGUAUGCCAUACGCAUACAUCGAGUCGGACGUCAGCGGUUACUCCACUGGGGUGUUUCAACACAUGUUCGGCGAUCGGUUUCGUAUAAACACCUCCGGACAACACUCGGAAGGAUUGCUGAAAGCGGAAGGCACGUUAGAGUAUGGCGGCGAAAACUUCAACGCGACAUUGGACAGCCAGUGGUCGACGCUCGGCCAACGAGUGGUCGUGUUGAGCAACGUUGUGCACUUGAGCAAACGGUGGUGGAUGGGCGGUGAACUAGCGAUGGACCGGGUGUGUGACGACGUCCUGGAGGCAAGAGCAAGCGCGACGGUCCGGUACGCCAGACCGGAAGACACGACGGCAGUAGUCGCGGGCAACGACGGCCUGUCUUUUUACUACCACAAGGCAAUUAAUCGCAGGCUGAUGACCGGCGUAGAGAUGACCAUUAACACUAAACAACGAACCGUCCAUGGUUCGUGGUUGCAUCGAAUAAUCCAUAAAAAUUCUAUGCUCAAAGGCGAACUCGACACUAACGGCACGAUCAAAGCGUAUUUUCAUAAGAAACUCGCGUCUAAUCUGAAAGUCGGCGUGGGUUGCAUAUUCAACCAUUGGACUAACAAAUUUAGUUUGGGCGUUGAGCUCUAUUCGGGAUUUCGCCAGAGAGAUGAAUGA